AUGGAGGCAAUAUACAAUCCUGAUGUUUCCAGGCAAAUAAUUUUUUUCUGUAAACUCGGAACGACUGCCCAAACUCAAGACCAAACUCUUCAGAUUAUGAAUUCCACACUCUCAAGUGUUUUACCAAAACCUCGACAUACUCAGCUGAGCUCUGAACAGCACAAUGAGUAUGAACGCGGUUUCGACGAAUUGACUGCAACGAAACGCACAAAAGGUCCUCCACCAUAUGGCCAUCGAGCCGAUUGGAAGCCAAGAAAUGUCGAAGAUUUUGGUGAUGGUGGUGCUUUUCCAGAGAUCCACAUGGCACAAUACCCUCUCGACAUGGGUCGAAAGAAGACAGGCACAAGCGGAGGAUCUCUUACUUUACAGGUGGAUGCAGAAGGCAGCAUUCGUUAUGAUGCUAUUGCUCGAAAAAUAAAAGCAGCACAACCUAAAAAUGUCAAAACAAACAAACCUGCUACCGAACCGACUUAUAUAAGAUAUACGCCCGCACAACAAGGGGAAUCAUUUAAUUCUGGCGCCAGUCAACGUAUUAUAAGAAUGGUAGAAAUGCCAACAGAUCCUAUGGAACCGCCAAAGUUUAAACACAAGAAAGUGCCUCGCGGGCCUCCUUCACCUCCGGCACCCGUUCUACAUUCACCACCGCGUAAAACUUCUGCAAAGGAGCAACAAGAAUGGGUCAUUCCUCCUUGCAUAUCGAAUUGGAAAAAUGCCAAAGGUUAUACAAUUCCACUUGAUAAACGUUUAGCAGCAGACGGACGCGGAUUGCAAGAGGUUACAAUAAACGAUAAUUUUGCAAAAUUGUCUGAAGCGCUCUUCGCUGCCGACAGACAUGCUCGUGAAGAAGUACGUCAGCGCAGUUUAAUGAGAGAAAAACUUGCACAAAAAGAAAAGGAAGAGAAAGAGAAACGAUUACGCAUGUUGGCACAGAAGGCUCGCGAUGAAAGGGCAGGGCUAUCAACGUCUGCUGCCGCACAAUCUUCUGAAGCUGGAGAACGGUCAGAGACUGACGAGGAAUCUGACGAAGAAAAGAUCAAGCAUCGAGACGAAAUACGACAGGAUCGACGGAGAGAAAGAGAGAGAGAAUACAGAUUGUCUCGUAUGGGCGCAGAACAGAAAGCGAAAUAUCUAGCCCGUGAGGAAGGCCGUGAUAUUUCAGAAAAAGUCGCGCUAGGGCUUGCCAAGCCCACAAUCAGCAAAGACAGUCUACUUGAUCCACGAUUGUUUAGUCAGUCUGGUGGUCUCUCAUCUGGUUUCAAGGAUGAUGAAGCAUAUGAUCUCUAUGACAAACCAUUGUUUGCGGGAUCUAGCGCUAACAUGAUAUAUAAUCCAAAGAAAAGCUAUGAUCCAGAUCUUUUUGAGGGUGAUGAAAAUAUCAAACAACUCUUGGCCAAAACUGGGCAAUCCGCAGAAGCCGGUCAGAUUCGAACUGGUCCUAUUGAGUUUGAGAGAGAGGAAGCAGAUCCAUUUGAUAUCAACCGUUUCUUGGAUGCUGCGAAAAAGGGUGUGAAACGUGGACUAGAAGCUGUGUAA